UUUAAUAAUAUAUUUAGUUGAAUCAACUUGUGACAAAAGCAGGAUAAAAUAUAAAUAUAUUUUAAUUUUAUUUUAUUAACCUGUAUGAGGUUCGUAGUGUUACGUGUUCACUUUUACAUGCAUUAUUAGCAAUUUGUUCUCGAAGAAUAUAUCUGAAUUAAUACUAUUCCAAGCUCUGUAAAAGAAGUGUCAAAGUAUACUUGUGUCUAGUAACAGACUUAAAAACUUGGGUGCCCAUAUUUUCUGGAUUUUUUUUUCUACAAAAAAGUAAAUAGCUGUAUAAAUAUUACUGAUAAAUUUGUAACAGUUGUUUAACAUUUUUCAGAUCAAUUGUGAAUUUGAUCUGAUUACGGUUUAAUUUAUUGAGUGAUAUUGUUCUUAAAAAUGAAAAAAUUCAAAAAUGAAUCAAAUAUGGGAACGAAAAAUAAUGGCAGACCUCGACCAGUGGAAAAUAACAAAUUGAAUAUAUUGAGACAAAUGAGAUCGAAUAAUCUAUUUCGUACGAGUAGAUGUGAUAAUAAUCAUGAUGGGUCAUUGGAAUCGACUUCAUCUGAUACGAUACUGUUAAUGGAUAACUUUGUGUGUCCCCUAUUUGAUAUAAAUAUUUUAAGUGAUAGUCAACUACCAGAGUUUCAAUUCAACUCCGAUAUUGAUCAUGCUUAUAGUGAAUUUUCAACUUGUAAACACAAUUUUGAAAUUAUAUCUCACCAAUCACGUGCAGCUGAUGAGCUUUCUUCGAUUAUGAAAAUUUGUAACAAAUGUAAUGCGGUAUUUGCUGAAAAAAAAUAAUACAGGAAUCACGUCUAUACACA